AUGCUGCAAGGCCCCGAAGGCUUUGUUCGACUACCCAAUGAGCAUCAGUUGUUCGCCUCUCCUCCGCGGACAACUCUGUCUCUGCAACCCCUAGGCUCUAGCGCCAGCAAGGACUCUUUUUCCAUGCAAAGCAGUGCCGGUCGAGUCUACCUGACAAAUCAGAGGAUCGUUUACAUUCCCGCGCAACAAACGAAAGAGUUUCAAUCGUUUUCCGCACCAUUACUCAAUGUCCAUGACGCCCAUGUCACUGCACCAUUCUUUGGGCCCAAUGCAUGGUUGGCGCUAGUCCAGCCGGUAUCUGGAGGAGGCAUCCCUGCGUCGUUGCCUGCCGUGCAGCUCAAGGUGACAUUCAAAGAGGGAGGGGCGUUUGAUUUCCACAACAAUUUCGAAAGAAUCAAAGAGCGUCUACAACAGGCUGUCGAGAAUACGCAGGCGAGCAGUCGAGGUGCCCGAAAUGUUGACAUGUCUGCAAUCCACCUCGACGAGCUACCUGCGUACACCGGCCCAUCGGGUGGCACAACCGGAGCAGACCACAGUACCGCACAGCAAUCUGUAAGCCCACAGUCUCAAAACACAGGGCCAGAAGCGGGAUCGGAGCCGAUGGAGCCACCACCGGAUUAUGAAGAGGUGCAGCAGCAGAGUGUGGCGGAAGCGCUCGAGGAGAGACUGCGUCGAGCCAGUUGA